AUGUCUGCUUUUUUGCAGAACCCACUUUCUCUUUGUUCGCCUGGAGUUCAGUAUUUACCCGCUGUUGAUUAUCACCAUUUGUUGCCGAGAUAUAAGUUAAUCAGCCCAUUUUCUCGUUGCCCGUUUAGUAAAGUUUCGACCUUUUUGCCUUAUGCUGUGCAAAAUUCAAGAACCCAUGUGUCUCCCGUACACUCCUCCUUCAGCCAGUUGAUAGAGACAUUAAUAAGCGGGGUGGAUUUGUCUGAAGAUGAAGCUGAGGCCUCUCUUGAUUUCUUGUUGGACGGUGCUGAUGAGGCUUUGAUUAGCGCGUUUUUGGUGCUUUUGAGAGCUAAAGGAGAAACUUAUGAAGAAGUAGUUGGGCUAGCAAGAGCUAUGGUAAAACGCUGCAAGAAAGUGGAAGGACUUGUUGAUGCAGUGGACAUUGUUGGGACUGGCGGUGAUGGAGCAAAUACUGUGAAUAUCUCUACUGGGGCCUCAAUUCUUGCUGCUGCUUGUGGAGCCAAAGUUGCUAAGAAAAAUCUAGAAGCUGAGGAUUGCUGGUUUUAUUGCUUGAAAUCAGCAAUUGCAUUGCAGCAAGGUAAUCGGUCUAGUUCAUCUGCUUGUGGUAGUGCCGAUGUACUUGAAGCAUUGGGAGUUGAAAUUGGUUUGGAACCUGAGGGGGUUGCUAGACCUAUCAGGAAAAAGCUCAAAGUGAAGACUGUGUUCAAUAUCUUAGGCCCUAUGUUGAAUCCUGCAAGAGUCUCGUAUGCUGUUGUUGGUGUGUACAAGGAAGAAUUGGUGCAUAAAAUGGCAAAAGCACUUCAAAGAUUUGGCAUGGAAAGAGCACUGAUUGUUCACUCAGAGGGACUGGACGAAAUGAGUCCACUCGGGCCCGGAUUAGUCCUUGAUGUCACACCAGAUAAGAUAGAGAAGUUCGCAUUUGAUCCAUUGGAUUUCGGUAUUCCCCGAUGCACUCUGGACGAUUUACAAGGCGGAGACCCUGAUUACAAUGCUGAAGUUCUUAAACGCGUACUAUCAGGAGAAAAGGGCCCUAUAGCCGAUGCCUUGGUGUUAAAUGCAGCUUCAGCUCUCUUGGUAAGCGGGCAAGUCGAAUCUCUUGCCCAGGGAGUAAAUCUUGCUCGGGACACACAACAGUCGGGAAAAGCUUUUGAGACGCUCAAUUUUUGGAUUAUUGAAUCGAAUAAAGCGAAAGAGGCGGCUAACCAUAGUGGCACUCCCAUUCUUACAUGAAAGCCAAUAGUACGAGUUUGAGCUUAAACACUGACAUUUUCAUCCCUAAAGACGAUAAAAAAAAACAUUACCAUUUACUGAGUCUGUAACUUUCGGGUGCGGCAUUCUUUUACUUGUUUUCGUUUUGUUUUUUUUUCAUUUGGAUUGUCGUUUAUUUAGACAUCGAACUGUAGUUUUGUGACUUUUCAGCCCACUUACGGCCUCUUUAUAUACAGGUUGGGGGUUCGGCCUU